CUUGUCCCCGCCAAUCCAUUACCCCAAAAAAUCAGAAUAUUCCCAAUUUGAAUCUUCUCAUCCAAAAAUCUGCAAAAAUUUCAUCUUAUGUAUGUGUAUUGCUUGUGUGUGAAUAUGUAUGUAUGUAUGUAUGUAUGUAUGUACCUAUGCAGAUGGAGUGAUUGAGCUGAUUGAUUAGGAUCAUAAGUUCAGGUCUGUAUGCUCCAUCGUUAGCUGACUGGCUUCAGGUCCCAUUCCAUGAGAACUUAACUGAAGCAGUUGCGUUGAUUGCUCUUCUCUGGGUGCUCCGAGUUCUGCAAGGAAAUGGCGUCGGUGGUGGCGCAGAUGAGCUUACCAUCAGAAAGUGGGUACCGGCCAUGGGAGGAUCAGUCCUUCAUCAAGUGGAAGAAGAGGGAUCCCCACGUCAAUCUGCGGUGUCAUGAUUCCGUUGAAGGAUCGCUUAAGUUUUGGUAUGAAAGGAGUAAGGUGGAUUAUGUGGCCGCUAAUGUCGCCGUAUGGGAUGAUGAAGCUGUGGAUGGUGCUCUCACAUGUGCUGCCUUCUGGGUGAAGGACUUGCCUUAUGUCAGGUCCCUGUCUGGCUAUUGGAAGUUUUUCAUGGCUCCAAGCCCUAAUGAUGUUCCAGCUAACUUCCACGGCAGGACCUUUCAAGAUUCUGACUGGGACAAUCUGCCUGUUCCUUCGAAUUGGCAGAUGCAUGGAUUUGACAGGCCUAUUUACACGAAUUCCGACUAUCCCUUUCCUGUCAACCCCCCUCACGUCCCCUUGGAGAAUCCAACUGGCUGCUACAGGACAUACUUCAGCAUCCCCAAGGAAUGGAAGGGACGUAGGAUUCUGCUGCACUUUGAAGCAGUCGACUCUGCUUUUUAUGCAUGGAUCAAUGGAGUUCCAGUUGGAUAUAGUCAGGACAGUAGGCUUCCAGCUGAGUUUGAGAUCACCGAUUACUGUUACCCUUCUGGUUCAGAGGAAAAGAAUGUUUUAGCUGUCCAAGUAUUUAGAUGGAGUGAUGGGUCAUAUCUCGAGGAUCAAGAUCAUUGGUGGUUAUCUGGUAUCCACCGUGAUGUGUUGCUUCUGGCGAAGCCCCAGGUCUUUAUUUCGGACUACUUCUUCAAGUCAAACCUCGCGGAGAAUUUUAGCUCCGCAGAUCUGCAUGUUGAAGUUGAACUUGCCAAAUCCAAAGUGAAGCCUGAAGGAGGAGCUCAUUCAGACUUAAUUGUUGAAGCUAAGUUGUACGAUAUUUCCAGCUGGUACAAAUCUGGUGGCAUUGCUGAUUUGCUCUCGUCUAAUGUGGCCGAUAUAAAGUACAAAUCAUCAUCUGCUGACACUCUUGUGCUUGAGGGGAAGCUUGAUAGACCCAGGCUUUGGUCUGCAGAACAUCCGAAUCUCUACACUCUUGUUGUCAUCCUCAAAGAUUCAUUGGGCCACAUUGUUGACUGCGAAUCGUGCCAAGUUGGGAUCCGGCAAGUUUCAAAAGCCCAUAAACAGUUGCUUGUCAAUGGCCAUCCCAUUGUACUAAGAGGUGUAAAUAGGCAUGAACAUCAUCCACGUGUUGGAAAGACAAACAUUGAAUCCUGUAUGAUUAAGGAUUUGGUUCUAAUGAAGCAACACAACAUCAAUGCUGUCAGAAACAGCCAUUAUCCUCAACAUCCACGGUGGUACGAGUUGUGUGAUCUGUUCGGAAUGUACAUGAUCGAUGAAGCCAAUAUUGAGACACAUGGUUUUUACUUCCUUCAAGAUUGGAAGAAUCCUACCCUUGAACCAAGUUGGGCUGCUGCUAUGUUGGACCGUGUCAUUGGGAUGGUCGAGCGUGACAAAAAUCAUGCUUCCAUAAUCUCUUGGUCCCUUGGAAAUGAGUCCCACUAUGGACCUAAUCAUUCUGCUUCAGCUGGAUGGGUUCGAGAAAGGGAUUCAUCUCGAUUACUACAUUAUGAAGGGGGUGGGGCCCGGACUUCAUCAACAGAUAUUGUGUGCCCCAUGUACAUGCGUGUGUGGGACAUAGUAAAGAUUGCAAAAGAUCCAUCAGAAACCCGUCCGCUGAUAUUAUGCGAGUAUUCUCAUUCUAUGGGAAACAGCAACGGUAAUAUCGAUGAAUACUGGGAAGCAAUUGAUACCACCUUUGGUCUCCAAGGUGGCUUUAUCUGGGAUUGGGUUGAUCAGGGACUAUUGAAGGAACAUCCUGAUGGGAGCAGACAUUGGGCAUAUGGAGGUGACUUUGGGGACAUCCCUAAUGACUUGAACUUCUGUUUGAACGGCCUUAUAUGGCCUGAUCGAACCCUUCACCCUGCUAUGCACGAAGUUAAAUAUGUUUAUCAACCAAUUAAGGCCGCAUUAACCAGAGAAAUACUUAAGAUUCGGAACACUCAUUUCUUUGAAUCUACUGAGGGGCUGGAAUUUAGCUGGGUUGUCCAUGGAGAUGGAUACAGCAUUGGAUCGGGAAUCCUUUCACUGCCCACAAUUGGGCCCCAGGGAAGCUACGACAUAGAAUGGCAGAAGGGUCCAUGGUAUUCUGUUUGGGCCUCCUGCUCUAAAGCCGAAAUCUUCUUGACUGUAUCUGCUAAGCUAGUGGAUUCCACUAGAUGGAGCGAGGCUGGUCAUGUUGUUUCAUCGACCCAAGUCCAGCUACCUUCCCAGAGGGAUAUUGUGCAUCAUGCAAUGAAAGCUGAGGAUGCUACCAUCUCGAGUGAAGUUGUUGGGGAUAUUCUCAGAGUUUACCAGCAGAGCAAUUGGGAGAUUAAAUUUAACAUCAAGAAUGGAACUUUUGAGAGCUGGGAGGUGAAGGGAGUCUCCGUGAUGGAUAAGGGCAUAUUCCCAUGCUUUUGGAGAGCUCCUACUGAUAAUGACAAGGGAGGAGGAGCUACCAGCUAUCUCUCUCGAUGGAAAGCCGCUCACCUCGAUUGCCUAGCAGUGAGCACCAAGAGCUGUUCUAUUCAUAGUUCGGACAAAACCCUAAAAAUCGAGGCUGCUUAUCUCGUUACUCCAACAGUUGAGAACUCUGAUGUUGCAUUUACUUGUGAGGUGACAUACUUGGUCUAUGGUUCUGGAGAUGUUGUCGUGGACUACAAUGUUAAACCGAGUUCGAAUCUCCCACCUUUGCCUCGGGUUGGAGUUGAGUUCAACUUGGAGAAAUCUCUGGACAGAAUCCAGUGGUAUGGGCGAGGCCCAUUUGAGUGCUACCCUGACAGAAAAGCCGCGGCUCAUGUUGCAGUGUAUGAGGACAAUGUUGGGAACAUGCAUGUUCCUUACAUUGUUCCAGGAGAGUGCUCUGGUCGGGCUGAUGUGAGAUGGGUAACAUUUAGGAACAAGGACGGCAUUGGAAUUUAUGCUUCGGUUUAUGGAAACUCUCCUCCAAUGCAAAUGAAUGCGAGCUAUUAUUCCACAGCAGAGCUUGAUCGGGCAACUCACCAUGAAGAGCUUGUCAAAGGGAACAGCAUUGAGGUGCAUCUCGAUCACAAGCACAUGGGUUUGGGGGGAGAUGAUAGCUGGACGCCUUGUGUCCACGAGAAGUAUCUGAUCCCUCCGGUUCCUUACUCAUUCUCUUUCAGGUUGAGUCCAAUAACCUCUGCAACUACUGGUCACGAAAUCUUUGAGGCUCAGCUUUAGAAGUUGUCUACCUAAUCCGUGUAUUAGUUCCAAUCAUGCAAAAGGGUCUUUUUGUUUCUUCUGAUGCAGCGUGUUCAAUAAGUGAAGCUUCUCUUGUAUUAGCUAAACUUGCACAAUCCUGCAUGACAGAAACAAGUUUGGUGAUCCAAGAAACGAAUAAUUGCCGAAAGGAACACUCGACUUUCUGGUUCCGAGGGA